CUCCUUUUUGAGUAGUCCACUAAGCAAGAAGAGAGAUACCAAAGUUCAAAAUGGCAGAAAACAAAGAAGAAGAUGUUAACCUUGGUGCCAACAAAUACAGAGAAACACAACCUUUAGGCACAUCAGCACAAACAGAUAAAGAUUAUGUUGAGCCACCACCAGCACCUUUAUUUGAACCUGGUGAAUUAUCAUCAUGGUCAUUUUAUAGAGCUGGGAUUGCAGAAUUCAUGGCAACUUUCUUGUUCUUGUAUAUCACUAUAUUGACUGUUAUGGGACUUAAAAGAUCUGAUAGUUUGUGUUCUUCUGUGGGUAUUCAAGGUAUUGCUUGGGCUUUUGGUGGCAUGAUCUUUGCCCUUGUCUACUGCACUGCUGGUAUCUCAGGAGGGCACAUUAACCCAGCUGUGACAUUUGGUCUGUUCUUAGCAAGGAAACUUUCCUUAACCAGAGCUGUGUUCUACAUGGUGAUGCAGUGCCUCGGUGCCAUUUGUGGUGCCGGUGUUGUCAAGGGUUUCAUGGUGGGACCCUAUCAGAGAUUUGGUGGUGGGGCCAAUAUGGUUCAACCCGGAUACACAAAAGGUGAUGGCCUCGGUGCUGAGAUUAUCGGUACCUUUGUUCUUGUCUAUACCGUUUUCUCUGCUACUGAUGCCAAGAGAAACGCCAGAGAUUCACAUGUUCCCAUUCUGGCACCACUUCCAAUUGGAUUCGCGGUGUUCUUGGUUCAUUUGGCAACCAUCCCAAUUACCGGAACUGGCAUCAACCCAGCUAGGAGCCUUGGAGCUGCUAUCAUCUUCAACCAAGACCAGGCAUGGGAUGACCAUUGGAUCUUUUGGGUUGGACCAUUUAUUGGAGCUGCUCUUGCUGCAUUUUACCACGUGAUGAUCAUCAGAGCUAUUCCAUUCAAGAGCAAGGCUUAAAGUUUCUUCAAGAUGUCAAUUAUGUGUCCUCCUUCUUCUCUUUCUGGUGUUUGUCUAAAUGUGUUUUUUCUUCAAUUCAGAUGUCAAUUAUGUGAGUAAAUUAUCAAGUUGUACGUAAAAGCUUUGUCAAUAAAUAUUUUUAUUUUA